UGCAAGGACUAGGCAUCCUGUGGUUGGACAGGGAAGACAUGCGCUUGCGAAUCCAUGCAGACGCAAAAAUUAGAGUUCGGAGACAGCAUGACAGGUCGUGUUUUCAGCCGAAACACGAGGGGAGAAUGACGGAGUGUCAGUUGGGUGUCAUCUCGUUGGAGGCUGGAGAGUUUCGCAGCAUGACGUGCAAUCUCAGGGGCAACUGGAGACGGCUCGACAGUAAUCGAGCAGAUCCGUCCCAAUAUGGCAGUCGCAACCAUGAUCGGAAGCACACAACAACACAAGGUGGAAGUUUGACGAAUCGAGGUGAGGGUGCGUCAUUGGCUACGUGUAAGAAAACGGCCGAAUGCAACUGGGCGAGGUUGCAGCAGGUCGAGGAAGCGAGAAGCGAGGAAGCCCCGCCAAGGAUCGGAAUCGUAUCCAGCAUUUACUUGUCGCACACGAGCACUCGGCGACGAUUGUGUGAGAGUGCUGUCGACACGAGCUCGCCUUUUUGAAACGGUAUCAGGCAGAGUUGCGUGGCUGCAAUGGUUACAAGAUGUAACCCUCGUCGCCCUCUUCCACAUGUCAACCGUACAACGGCGUAUUGUGUAAUGGUCGGUUGGCUGAACCUACGGUCAAGCCCCUGCUAGCUUACCGUGCUAAUCGCACCUACAUGCAAGUGCUAACGUUCAUGUUCGAGGGCUAAAUCCCGCUGUUUCCCUCGACGUAGGGUGUCUUGUUUGUCCUCCUCAUCAUUCCGUCGAGUAGAGUUUGAGUGCAGUGCUAGCGAGUGCAGCAAGCAAGC